CAAAAUGUAAUUUAGUUUAAUGACAAAAUUCGUGGACUACCAGACAUCAAUUUAUGUACUGUGUACUUAUUGUUAGUUCAUAAUUAUUGACAUUAAAUAUUUUGUAUUCAUUACUAUUCAUGUAUUUACAGUUUUAUGCUUUGGUGUUUAUAUAUUCUUAGACUUUUUGCUUUUAUUUUAGUAUUAUAGUAUUCGAAGAAUAAGGAUAUUGAUUCAAGCUUAUAUAGGUAUGUAUAAUAAGUACUAUGUUAUAUAUUAUAGCGAAUGUGAUUCUUGGUGAUUCUAACCUCAAUAAAAUUUCUCUCAUUCAUUGUCGCUCAGCUCGGUCGCUGCUGUGUGUAUAUAGUUGAUGGUCUGCUGUCCGAACAUUUUCGAGUAUUAUCUUUAACGAUACGUGAAUUUGUUUAUGAAAUAAAAUAGUCUUUACGAAUUCGUGUCGCAUUAAAUAUUAAGCCAGUUGUAUAUAAUAUAAAAAAUGCCGACUAUUAAUCUCAAACGUGACUUAUUGUUCAAGGCUCUUGGCAGAACGUAUUCGGACAAUGAGUUUCAAGAUUUGUGCUUCAAAUUUGGUUUAGAAUUAGACGAAGUGACAUCAGAGAAGUUAUUAAUAACGAAGGAGAAAGGACAAAAUGGAAAUAUGGAAGCAUCUGAUGAAAUUAUAUAUAAAAUUGAUAUACCAGCAAACAGAUACGAUUUAUUAUGCUUGGAAGGUUUAACUCUUGGGCUACUCAUAUUUUUAAACAAAAUAGACAUACCACAUUACGUAUCGAUACGCCCAGGUACAGGCAUGCAGAAGAUUACCAUGACAAGCGAGUGCCUGAAAAUCAGAGGACAUAUAGUUGCAGCUAUUCUGCGUGAUGUUACAUUUACGCAAGACUCUUACAAUAGUUUUAUCGAUCUCCAAGACAAACUUCAUCAGAACAUAGGAAGAAAACGAAGUUUGGUAUCGAUUGGUACUCAUGAUUUGGAUAGUAUUCAAGGUCCAUUUUUAUAUGACGCGAAACCGCCAACCAAUAUUUGUUUCAAACCGCUUAAUCAGGAUAAAGAGUACACAGGAGAAGAAAUUAUGAACUUAUAUUCUAAUCAUGCACAAUUAAAACAAUACCUACACAUCAUAAAAGAUAGUCCAGUUUAUCCAAUAGUGCAAGAUAGCAAUGGAACUAUUUUAUCCCUUCCACCUAUUAUCAAUGGAGAUCAUUCAAAAAUCACACUCAACACUAAAAAUGUAUUUAUUGAAUGUACAGCGAUAAAUCUUACAAAGGCGAUAAUAGUGCUGGACACUAUAGUCUGUAUGUUUAGUCAAUAUUGUAAAACAAAAUAUACAGUAGAAACGGUGGAAGUCGUAUAUCCCAAUAAUCAAGUAUUUCACUAUCCCGAUUUAAAAUAUCGAACCGAAGAAAUUGAUUGUGAGAAAGCUGUAAAGUAUAUCGGCAUAAAACAGAGAGCAGAAAAAGUAGCCAAUCUACUUUCUAGAAUGUCGUUAAAAACACGUGUUGUGAAGGAUAACAAUAAAUUGAGUGUCGAAGUACCUCCCACUAGACACGAUGUGAUACAUUCGUGCGACAUUUACGAAGAUAUUGCGAUAGCGUAUGGAUACAAUAAUAUUCAUAAAACUAUACCAUACUUAUCCACGAUCGCGGAGGAGUUCCCACUUAAUAAAUUAUCCGAUCAAUUACGUAUGGAAUUAGCUUGUGCUGGAUUUACGGAAGCAUUGACUUUUUCAUUGUGUUCGCGCGAAGAUAUAGCGGAUAAAUUGGGUCAUAAAUUGGAAAAUAUACCUGCAGUUCAUAUAUCAAAUCCGAAAACUUUAGAAUUUCAGGUAGCGCGUACAACCCUCCUGCCAGGAUUAUUGAAAACGCUAGCUGCGAAUAAAAAGAUGCCUCUUCCUCAGAAAGUGUUUGAAGUUUCCGAUAUAGUAUUAAGAGAUAAUACUGUGGAAGUAGGCGCGCGUAAUAAACGUCAUUUGUGCGCGGUGUAUUGUAAUAAAUCAGAUGGUUUUGAAAUAAUUCACGGUUUAUUGGACAGAAUGUUACAGGUAUUAGAAAUACCGUGGAGCGUUGGCGAAAACUCAGAUGGGUAUUAUCUUCGCGCUAUCAAUGAUCCCACUUUCUUCCCUCAUCGUUGCGCAGAAAUUUAUUGUUAUAACAAAGUGAUCGGAAAAAUGGGCGUUCUACACCCGGAUGUAAUCACAAAGUUCGAUCUAAAUGUACCCUGCUCCGUAUUAGAGAUCGAAAUUGAAUCAUUUUUAUAAUGUGAAAUGAUUUGUUAUUUAUUAAACACUUAAAUAAACAAUGAAUUCUUCGAA